CUAAACUCGAGUCAGGAGAUAAAAUUCGAGAGGAGGUGACAAGCCACACCCCGCAGUGCCUGCGAAUUUGCCCAGGAGCCGACCUUCUCACGAGCAGACGCUGCCGAGAUGCCAGGCUCGCCGCUCCUGACCGCUGCCCACCUUCUUUGCGUGUGCACGGCCGCGCUGGCCGCGGGCCCCGGGCCCCGUUUUCUGGUGACAGCCCCAGGGAUCAUCAGGCCUGGAGGAAAUAUAACUGUUGGGGUGGAGCUUCUGGAACAUAGCCCCUCACAGGUCACUGUCAAGGCGGAGGUGUUCAAGACCAUGUCAAACCUAACUGUCUCUGUUCUGGAAGCAGAAGGAAUCUUUGAAAAAGGUUCUUUCAGGACACUUACUCUUCCAGCACUACCUCUGAACAGUGCGGAGGAGAUUUAUGAGCUACGUGUAACUGGACAUGCCCAGAAUGAGAUUUUAUUCUCUGAUAGUACACGCUUAUCAUUUGAGACCAAGAGAAUAUCUGUUUUUAUUCAAACAGACAAGAUGCUCUAUAAGCCAAAGCAAGAAGUGAAGUUUCGGGUUGUUACACUCUACUCGGAUUUCAAGCCUUAUAAAACCUCUUUGAACAUUCUAAUUAAGGACCCCAAAUCCAAUUUGAUCCAACAAUGGUUGUCACAACAAAGUGAGCUUGGAGUCAUUUCCAAAACUUUUCAAGUAUCAUCACAUCCAAUCCUUGGUGACUGGUCCAUUCAAGUUCAAGUGAAUGACCAGACAUAUUAUCAAUCAUUUCAAGUCUCAGAAUAUGUGUUACCAAAAUUUGAAGUUGCUUUGCAGACACCAUUAUAUUGUUCUUUGACUUCUAAGAAUUUAAAUGGUACCAUCACCGCAAAGUAUACAUAUGGGAAGCCAGUGAAAGGAGAUGUAGUGCUUACAUUUUUACCUCUAUCUUUUUGGGGAGAAAAGAAAAAUAUUACAAAAAAAUUUAAGAUAAAUGGAUCUGCAAACUUCUCUUUUAAUGAUGAAGAGAUGAAAAAGGUGAUGGACUUUUCAGAUGGGCAUUCUGAACACUCGGAUCUCUCUACUCCUGGGCCAAUAGAAAUUCUAGCCACAGUGACAGAAUCACUUACAGGCAUCUCAAGAAAUGCAAGCUCCAAUGUGUUUUUCAAGCAACAUGAUUACAUCAUUGAAUUUUUUGAUUAUCCUACUGUCUUGAAGCCAACUCUGAACUUCACAGCCACUGUGAAGGUAAGCCGUUCUGAUGGCAACCAACUGACUCUUGAAGAAAGAAGAAAUAAUGUAGUCAUAACAGUGACACAGAGAAACAAAACCGAUUUCUGGAGCAGACAGAACCGUGGCAAUCAGGACAUGGACACUGUCCAGAUCAUGAAUUAUACGGUCCCCCCAAAUGGAAUCUUUAAGAUUGAAUUCCCAAUCCUGGACAACUCCAGUGAGCUACAGCUGAAGGCUUAUUUUCUUGCUAGUGUAAGUAGCAUGGCAGUUCAUGGCAUGUUUACAUCUCCCAGUAAGACAUACAUCCAGCUAAAAGCAAGAGAUGAAAAUAUAAAGGUGGGAUCACCUUUUGAAUUGGUGGUCAAUGGCAACAAGCAAUUGAAGGAAUUUAGCUAUAUGGUAAUAUCCAAGGGACAGUUGGUGGCUGUAGGCAAACAAAAUACAACAACCUUCUCUUUAAUACCAGAAAGUUCUUGGGCACCAAAGGCUUGUAUAAUUGUGUAUUAUGUUGAAGAUGAUGGAGAAAUUAUAAAUGAUGUCUUAAAAAUUCCUGUUCAGCUUAUUUUUAAAAAUAAGAUAAAGCUGUUUUGGAGCAAAGCUAAUGCUGAGCCUUCUGAGAAAGUCUCUCUCAGGGUCUCUGUAACACAGCCGGACUCAGUAGUUGGGAUUGUAGCUGUUGACAAAAGUGUGAAUCUGAUGAAUGCCUCAAAUGAUAUUACAAUGGAAAAUGUGGUCCAUGACUUGGAACUUUAUAACACAGGAUAUUAUUUAGGCAUGUUUAUGAAUUCUUUUGCUGUCUUUAAGGAAUGUGGUCUCUGGGUAUUGACGGAUGCAAACCUUGUGAAGGAUUAUGUUGAUAUUGUUUAUGAUACUGCGGAGUAUGCUGAGAUGUUUGUGGAGGAAACCCAGGGGUAUCCAGUAGAUAUUAAUGAUUUUUCUUCAUUUAGCAACCCACGUGUAAGAAAGCAUUUUCCAGAGACUUGGAUUUGGCUAGACACUGAUAUGGGAUCCAAGAUUUACCAGGAAUUUGAAGUUACAGUACCUGACUCUAUCACUUCUUGGGUGGCUACUGCUUUUGUGAUAUCCGAAGACUUAGGUCUUGGAUUAACGACUGCCCCAGUGGAGCUACAAGCCUUCCAACCAUUUUUCAUUUUUUUGAAUCUUCCCUACUCUGUUAUCAGAGGUGAAGAAUUUGCUUUGGAAGUAACCAUAUUCAAUUAUUUGAAAGAGGCCACUGAGGUUAAGGUAAUCAUUAAGAAAAGUGAUGGAUAUGAUAUUCUAUUGACUUCGAAUGAAAUCAAUGCCACGGGACACCAGGAGACCAUUCUGGUUCCCAGUGAGGAUGGGGCAACUGUUGUUUUUCCUGUCAGGCCAACACAUCUGGGAGAAAUUCCUAUCACAGUCAUGGCUAUUUCACCCACUGCUUCUGAUGCUAUCACCCAGAGGAUUUUAGUAAAGGCUGAAGGAAUAGAAAAAUCAUAUUCACAGUCCAUCCUACUAGACUUGACUGACAACAAACUGCAAACUACCAUGAAAUCUUUCAGUUUCUCAUUUCCUCCUGAUACGGUCAGUGGCAGCGAAAGAAUUCAGAUCACUGCUGUUGGAGAUGUUCUUGGGCCUUCCAUCAAUGGCUUAGCCUCGCUGAUUCGGAUGCCUUAUGGCUGCGGUGAACAGAACAUGAUCAAUUUCGCUCCAAAUAUCUACAUUUUGGAUUAUCUGACAAAGAAGAAACAACUGACAGAUAAUAUAAAAGAAAAAUCACUUUCAUUUAUGAGGCAAGGUUACCAGAGGGAACUUCUCUACCAGAGGGAUGAUGGCUCCUUCAGUGCUUUUGGGAAUAAUGACCCUUCUGGGAGCACUUGGUUGUCAGCUUUUGUUUUAAGAUGUUUCCUUGAAGCUGAUCCUUACAUAGAUAUUGAUCAGAAUGUGUUACACAGAACAUAUACUUGGCUCAAAGGACAUCAGAAAUCCAAUGGUGAAUUUUGGGAGCCAGGAAGAGUGAUCCAUAGUGAACUUCAAGGUAGCAAUAAAAGUCCAGUAACACUUACAGCCUAUAUUGUGACUUCUCUCCUGGGAUACAAGAAGUAUCAGCCUAAUAUUGAUGUUCAAGACUCUGUCACAUUUUUGGAGUCUGAAUUCAGUAGAGGAAUUUCAGACAAUUACACUCUAGCUCUUAUAACUUACGCGUUGUCAUCAGUGAAAAGUCCUAAAGCAAAGGAAGCUUUGAAUUUGCUGACUGAGCGUGCAGAACAAGAAGGAGGCAUGCAAUUCUGGGUGUCAUCAGUAUCCACGCUUUCUGAGUCCUGGCAACCACGCUCUCUGGAUAUUGAAGUUGCAGCUUAUGCACUACUUUCACACUUUCUGCAGUUUCAGAUUUCCGAGGGAAUCCCAAUUAUGAGGUGGCUAAGCAGGCAGAGAAAUAGCUUGGGAGGCUUUGCAUCUACCCAGGAUACCAUUGUGGCCUUAAAGGCCCUGUCUGAAUUUGCAGCUCUAAUGAAUACAGAAAGGACAAAUGUCCAAGUGACUGUGUUGCAGCCUAGCUCAUCGAGUCCUGUAAAGUUUCUGAUCGAUACACAGAACCGCUUUCUCCUUCAGACAGCAGAGAUUGCUGUGGUACAGCCAACUGCUGUUAAUAUUUCUGCAAGUGGUUUUGGAUUUGCUAUUUGUCAGUUCAAUGUUAUUUAUAAUGUGAAAGAUUCAGGGUCUUUUAGAAGAAAAAGUUCUAUCCAAAAGCAAGAAGGCUUUGAUUUAGAUGUUGAAGUAAAAGAUAAUAAAGAUGAUAUCAAUCAUGUGAAUUUGAAUGUGUGUACAAGGUUUUUGGGCCCGGAUAGGAGUGGCAUGGCCCUUAUGGAAGUUAACCUUCUUAGUGGCUUUACUGUGCCUUCAGAUGCAAUUCCUCUAAGCGAGACAGUGAAGAAGGUGGAACAUGAUCAUGGAAAGCUCAACCUCUAUUUAGAUUCUGUAAAUGAAACCCAAUUUUGUAUUGAUAUUCCUGCUGUGAGAAACUUUAAGGUUUCAAAUACCCAAGAUGCUUCUGUAUCCAUAGUGGAUUACUAUGAACCAAGGAGACAGGCGGUGAGAAGUUACAACUCCAGAGUGAAGCUGUCCUCUUGUGACCUUUGUGGAGACGUCCAGGGCUGCCAUCCUUGUGAGGAUGGAGCUUUAGGCUCCCUUCAUCACUCUUCAAUCCUUGUUAUUUCCUGUGUCAUGCUUCUGUUCUCUCUGCAAUGUUGGUUGUAACUUAUUUUUAAAGGACUCCAUGUAAAAUGAACAUUUCCAAAAGUCAUAUAUGAUUUUUUUCAUAAUCCAAUAUUGCCUCUGACAUAUUUGAAAAACAUUUUUUCCCACCUUCUGUGGGACUUGGGAGAUGGUCAUCAGGUCUUAGUAUGUAGAAUUGCAUAGAUUUCUUCACCUGACCUUGGUGGAGAAGAUCAAAAUGAUUGCAGUUGUGUAUCUUUUUUCUCCCUCUUGAAAUCUUUUAGGAUUGUUUUGAGAAGUGUUUGUUUUCUCCACAAUAGAAGUGUUAUUUUAGA